CUUCAACUUCAUCUCCAAAGAAAUUUCUCACUCCCAGUGACAACCACGGCUGGAUGGUUCUCAUGGAGGCUUCUUCACAAGGGAUCAAUUCAAAACCAGAAGUUAUUGACUAUUGCGUUAAUCCCUUAGCAAGAAUAUUGAGCAGUGAGAACGAUGCGCAGAUGUAUAUAUAUCAUGCUUCUUGUGAUUCCCCCUUUGGCUUUUGCUGUGACUUUGACGAAGAUACUUCCGGCGAGGUCGCCCGUCUAUCUGAAGUUUUAUCGGUUAGGCACGACCCGGAUUAUAUUGCCGUUAAAGAGACAUAUAGCUCACUUACAGGAAGUACUGUUUCCUGUGGGGAAUACCAACCACUGGCUUGUUCGAAUGGACAAGCCGGGGGUUGGCGUUGUUACGAAGGCACAAAUGGUUGAUUAUUAUGCUCAAGCACUGACCAAGGUGUUUGGGAAUGAGAAGCAUGCUCAAAUGUGUAUAUAUCAGAUUUCUUGGCGGUCAAACUUUCGGUUCUGUUGUGAUCUUGAUGAUGAAAUUGCAUGGGAACUAGCUGGUGUACUGGGUGUAUUAUCUGUUCUGCCAGAUAAAAACUUUGAGUCGAAGAAUAAGGAUUAUGGAGGCCUGUCAUUCUAUACAUCUGAGAAAACCUUAAGAACAGCAUCUGAAGGCUUUGGUGAGCUUGUUGAAGUAAACAUUAUAGUGGACAAAAUUUCUAAAAGGUCCAAAGGUUAUGCGUUCAUAGAGUACGCUACAGAGGAAGCUGCUAGCACAGCACUCAGAGAUGAAUGGCAAGGUUAGUUCACUGGCAUCUUCCCCCUUCCUCUUUUCCUAUAUAUAUAUAUAUAUGCAUACAUAUUUUUUUUUCCACAUGAAUCUUCCUUGUGUUUCUCGUUUUUAAUACUCAUGAAUGGGUUGGUUUCACUAUAGUUUUGGUUCAGAAUUGUAGAUAAAACAAUUAAAAAAACUCUCAAUAAUAGAAAACUGCUCUCCAAAGUUUCAGGCUAUUUCCCUAGUUUGGACUAUCCUGCAAACCGGCCACCAAAAUUGUGUAUAUUUAGUACCUGCCAUAGGUCUCUUUACCAGCUCGAAAUCCUCUUUCGAGUGAAGCACUUUCGAGUGAAGCACUAGUGGUGCAUAUUACUGAAUGCUGCAUCUGAGAGCCAUAUCCACAUGAAACUAGUUAUUGCAGAAUGCAUCCAACAAUUUCUUUUUGGCUUUGAAAUUGAUGAAAGGACUUCCAUCAAUCCAGGGCCUUAGUUACUCCGUAUUUUCUUGUUUCUCAAAAUUAUUGAUUAGAACAUCAAUGCAUGUAAUAAUGUUUAAAUGUCACAAUACUUGGAUAAUUUAUUGAUGAAAAGAUAACAGGUUGAACACAAUAAAUCACAUAACAUGCAACAUAAAACCUGUCGAAAUUCCAUCGGUUAUCGGUACAACAAACGGGAACAAAUCUUCAGUUUUGGCUGAUAUGCCACUAAUUCACGAAACAAAUAUACAUGAUCUCCUAUUGCAAUUAGCACCAUAAUUAUACAGUGGGUCAAUUACAUUAAUUAACAUCUCAUUUUCCUAUCAAAGAUGCCUGGUCCAUAGGUUGAAAUGAUCAUAUCUUUAAGAAUGGGGAACUGAAUCCAAACAAAGAAGGUGAGUGGAAUGCAAAACAAACAAAUAAGAGGAAUUGCAAUAUGUAAUUGCUCAUGUAAGAGGAUUAAAAGAGCACUGGAAAAUGUUAUCAUCAUGGUUGCAAUAGAGCAAAAGAAGGUGAAAAGGCCUAUUAUCAUCUGUCUUGGCAAAUAUUCAAGAAAAUCAUUUUCUGAAUAACGCGAUGUAAGGAUUCCCAAAAAGGUCAAGAUUGAAGUUGAGGACAAAAAGAAGGAUAAGGCAUCAAAUAUUAUAAAGACGGACUUUGCCAAGCCUAUAUUUUUGUUUUUGUUUUUAUCACCUGGAAUGGUAAAGAUAGCUGCAAACAUAAUGGUAACAAUAAGACCACCCACCACCGUACAUGACCUUGCUGUGUUCUUCAUCCAUUCCUCUCCCUUUUUCAUCAUGUUCUCGUGGUUUUUUGUAAACAAUUGUCGGGGAGUUAAACCAUCUAGGUUUGUACUUUCCUUAACCUUAGGAUGGACAAUUCUCUCUACCUCCUGCAUUUGGUAGUAAGAAAUUGUACGUUAGAUCAAGAAUUCUACCAAAACUAUUUACUUGGAUAUAUCAUACGAUAAAGACUGAAAGUCUAACCUUACAUAGAAGAAUGCUACCAAAUUAUGAUAAAUUUACCUAGUCCAUGUUAAAAUCGUUAGCUCCAAUAUUGAAUAUUAUUUAGUGCUAGAUAUAUAUUUAGACCUGUACAAGGAUAGAGAAAAAGACUGGAAUUGAUCUAUAAGACCAAUCCAUAUAUGUAUAUCCAGGUACCUCAACCUCAGCCUUUUACGACCUGAUCAAAAUAUAAAGAUAGAAAAGGUCUCACAAUCUUUGAUUCUUUUAUUUCAUGCUUUUUAAGUGUUCUAAUAAUGUUCAAGAUCAUAAAUGCCAACAUGGCUAGCUGUCCCAAUUUGGAACAAGAAGUUUCGGACUGCAGGCAUUGGAAGAAUUAUGAUAUUUCACCUGCAUGUUCAACGCGGCAUUGGUGUUUCUAAUUUCACUGUAACAUGAAGCUGAAAAUUAAUGUAGACUUAGCGGAGCAAAGAUCAGUAGGCCAACAAGGAGCUGCGAAAGCUCCUUUCUCUUCAGGCAAGCAAGAAAAAAGGAUGCUGCUACCUAUUAGAGAGAGAGAGAGAGAGAGAGAGAGAGAGAGAGAGAGAGGACCUUGAACCAUUGUAACUCUCUUUGCAUCUGUAAAGCUGCCCCUGGGACUUGAUUAAUCCUAGUGGAAUCUUCUAUCAUCCCUGCUAAA